AUGUGCUCUAGCCAGCUGCCCUAUGCACAGCCAGUCAACGUACGGAUAUACUGCUCACAGAAAAAGCGUUGCGCUGUCAGGUAUUUGAACGAGUAACUAAACUGGUGCUGGAACAUUACGAGGAACAUUUUCUAAAUCGCAGCUAGUCUUGGUAAGAAAGUUUGCGUCCAGCACUGUCAGUGGCUUUAAUCAGUGAGGUUAUCUUCUUGAGCAACUAAAAAGUCCGGUUCAGAAAACACCCAAUCCAUCACUUAUCAGGCACGGAGGGUGGGGGCGGAUCUAUGGAUGACCAUGUGCUCGCAAGCCAGAAAGAGCUCACGAACUUUUACUGCAGGUUACUGUAGAUAAACCGGACUGCGAGGACUGGAGGUCUCAGAGGAUGGACGGCCACCAAGGGAUGAGAAAACACUCUGACAGAAGACCUCAAUGGUCGAGAUUGCAAGAACUGUGAAAACUGGAUAAAGAGAUGUCCAUACCUUUGGAUCCAAUGCAUCCUGCAGAGGCAGCUGCCAAUCCGCUGUGAUCCUAUCUAGCAACGAUCCAGAAGUCGAGCUCUACUGGGAUGAAGAGUGGCUCUCCGAGCAAAAUCACAUACAAGCGACCCGAUGUCGUCCUUGUAGAUCACUCUGCAUAGAGUUAUCAGGGGCCCGAGAUGCAGUAUCUUGGCCAACCGCAUCCAAACGAAUGGAGAAUUCAAAAUACAUAAAAUUCAGACCAGUCAGCCAAAUCAUCAAACGAUGAGAGAACUGGAGACUAGCCUCUGCUCCAUCACGUCAGCGCAAUUCCAGUGUGCGGCAAAGGAUUUAUUCCCUUCGUCAUUAGUUGCUGCGGAGAAGUCAGCAAAGAUGCAUCAGCCUGCCUUCGAGAGCUUGGUCUCCCAACCGACAAACAAGUCCUCACGUGCAUGGAGCUAACUGGAAGGAGUACUAGUCCUCAGUACAGACCGAGUCAUCAGAAACCACCUUGCAAGUGUAACUGGAGAGAGAGUGGAGUCAGCUCGAAGUCAAGAAGAGGAGCAGGUGAUCGGUAUGUAAACAGUCUGUACUAUCUAUCAUAUGUUAUAGUACGAGUUAUGUACGAUUGUCAAUACUAGUCAUCAUUUGUAGUGGUCCAGUCUGGUUUUCUAUGUAAUCGAUUGGUCCAUGGAGAUAUUAUUUUAUUGUGACAUGUUGUUUGAAAUAAAACUUUGUUAUUUUGUUCUACACAGCGAGCAGACUCAAGAAGCGAGUUACCAGUGCAGCAAUGCACCCUAACCAACUCACUUUACAGAUACGAGCGAGUGAAGGGAGGAGUCGACUACAGAAACGCGAGGAAUGAAAAGGUUAAAAUUGGUGCAGAUGGUUAAGAAGGGUGGUCAGAAAGGAAGAGCACUUAUUGGUGGCGUGAGAUGAUACGAACUAGAGGCUGCUCGUACUGAAAGGGCUCGGACCAGCCAUCCAGAGGGAGUUGAAAACGCAGACGAGGCAGGAGAUGCGAACAACUGGGAGAGCAGAUGGAAGAGCGAAGUGGGAAAGAUGAAGGCGUGGAAAGCGCCAGGUCCGGAUGGUAUUCACGUAUUCUGGUGGAAAAACCUGCCAGCCGCUAACAGGUUCCUUAGUAAAUGGAUAAGACUAAGGUUAACCACUGAGAACGUCCAAUUCCCUAAGUGGGUUGCCGCCGGUAGAGUGGUACUACUGGCGAAAGAAAAGGGUAAUAACGAUCCUGCUUCGAUGAGACCGAUUACUUGUCUAAACUCAAGCUUUAAAUGUGUAACGGCCAUGAUGGCCAAUACACUGAAAACUCGAAUAUUUGAAACCCUGCCCUCCGCUCAAAGGGCGCUAAGAAAAGGAGAGUGGACCUGCACGCAGGCCCUCAUAAUCGACUCGUGUGUAGGUCUCGACCAAAGAGUAACAGGUCGAAGGGGCAAAGAACUACACACGGCAUGGAUCGACUUCGCCAAGGCGUAUGACUCGAUCCCGCAUGACCUAGUAUUAUGGAUCCUAAGUGCAAUCAAAGCUCCAAGAUUACUUCGAAAGUGCUACGGCCAAAUGCUGGAUGCUCUAAGAGUUUCGUACGUAACAGGGCGGGGUGACGCCAUAAGAACGAGUGUACAACUCGCCAUCAGGAGAGGUGUCCCACAAGGCGACACAUUCUCCCCAAUGCUCUUCUGCUUGGCGAUCGCCCCUUUAUCGUUUUACAUUGACUCAAAUUCGAGCCCGUACGAAUUCUCGAGGAGCAAUGGUGCCGAAAUUACGCCCAUCACACACCAGUUCUACAUGGAUGACUUAAAGCUCUACAGUCACUCAAGCUUCAGCCUGGAGCAAACAAUUAGAGGAUUGGUUGAGGUGUGCAAAAAUAUCGGCCUAGCACUUAAUACUAAGAAGAGCGUGAUAGCGCACUUUGGAUCGAGAGCAGAGAGAGCUGCCUCCAUAAUACCAGUACUAAAUGGCUCGGAUGUAUACAAGUAUCUUGGACUUGAGCAAAGGAUGGGGAUAACCUUUGCGAAAGUCCUUGAAAGAAUAUGUGAGAUCACGCUGGAUCGUACAAAAAGAAUCUUCUCAUCAAGUGCAAGUCACGGAAAGAAAGUCUGCGCCUACAACAUGACUGUAGGGCCAGUGAUCCGCUACGCUAUCGGAAACAUGUUUCUACACGACCGGUAUGCGCGUGGAGGCACCAGCACCGUGGCCUGCAGGGGGCUUGAUGAGAAAGUUAGAAACAUUCUAACAAAUCUACAGGUCCGUUUUGCUAAGUGUCCGGUCUCACAACUGUACGCUUCCACAACCAUGGGAGGAUGGGGUCUCGCCAACCUCGAAGAAACCGCAAGUGAGAGCAUUAUUUAUGCCUACUGCUACCUUGCGGGAACAAGAGCUCUGAGUGAGUACUUCAAACUACUCUCAGGACAAGCUCGGAGGCAAAAGCGGUCGCUAGUGACUGACUUUGAAGGAAUUAUGAGAAGGCCAGAAUGUCAAGGAUUGGACAUUAGCAGGUCAGAAACGCUGAACGGUAUAGUACUCAGCCUAAAUGGAGUGCCAUACGCGACACCAAGACUUCUAGCUCGUGCAAUAACCAGUGAGUUUGAUAAAAGGAAUAAUCUUCGAAGACAGGUUGAACUCCGCGAUUUAUGUGGUAAUAUCACCAGAGGAACGAACAUAGUUCCGCACCUGUCAUACCUAUGGCUUAAGACCGGAGCCAUAAACUCAACAUCAGUCCGGAACCUGUCUUCCCUGAUGUAUACGGGCUUGCACACGCGAGCACACCCGGCAAUGGGAAGAGGACCCAACGCUGGAUGUCGCUACUGUGGGCUGCCCGAAACAAACGAGCAUGUUGCAACGGGGUGCAAUAA